AUGACUUAUAAUAAUAUGGCAAAUAAUAAUUCUCUCUCGUCGCCAACUGGUAAUGGAAAAUGUGUUAAUUUGAAAUCAAGAAGGGGUGGUAUAACCAAACUAGCAUGUCUUAAUUGUAGGCAGUCAAGAAAAAAAUGUGAUAUGGAGAAACCGCCAUGUCUUCAUUGUGCUAAAAAAAAUCUUACUUGCGUGAUCCCAGAGACAGAUUUGAGAACUCGAAGAAAAACCGUUUCCUAUGUUAACAAUUUAGAAAAGUGUGUUGAACAAUUACAAUCAGUUUUGUUGCAGAUAAAAACAACUACUAAUGUAGAUCAACGAAACAAAUUAAUUGAUGAUAUAUCUAUUAUUGAUGAAAAUAGUCCAAAAACUGAUAAACCCCUUUUAAAGAUAAGCAAUGUUAUGUCCAAUGCUUCUGCUAUAAUAAAUACCACCACUUUACCAAUAGUGAAACCCCUUAAGAAGAAUAUUGGGGUUUUGGGUAAAAAUGGAUCCUCGUUUCUUUUUCCAUCAUCUUCACAAGAAUUACCUACCACAGAGACCAACAGUAUCUAUCCUUCAAAUUCAUUGCUUAUCACUAAAAAAGAUUCGGCCAGAAAAGAACAAGAGAAUCAAAUGAUUUUAAAAAAUCUUUCAAGAUCUCCGUUAAUCCUUCGAUCUUUAUCGUUAUUCUUUAAAUGGUUAUAUCCUGGUCAUUAUAUGUUUAUUCAUCGAGAAACUUUUUUAAGUGCAUUUUUUGGGGAUCCUUCAACAAAAGCAUACUAUUGUUCUGAGGAAUUAGUCUAUGCAAUUGCUGCAUUAGGUGCUAGAGCAACGCCAAAAUCUGAUGAAUUGUUCACCAAGAGUGAAAAAUAUUAUCAGCAUGCAAAACAAAUUGUUUUAACAAAAAUUUUCCAAUUGAUUGAUAGAUCAUUAGCAGAAUCUACAUCGUCUUCAAAGUUGGCCAUUAUUCAAACUUUAUUAUGUCUUGCUUUCUAUGAUAUUACGAGAGCUGAAAACCCAAUGGCAUGGUAUUUAUCUGGGUUGGCAUUCCGUAUAUCUCAUGAAAUAGGUCUUCAUUUGAAUCCAAGGGCCUGGAAUCAUGUUUAUGAAGAUGAAUUAUCCAAAAUGGAUUAUGCAGUAAGAAGUAGAAUCUACUGGGGAUGUUAUUUGGCAGAUCAUUUGAUCUCUGUUUUGUUUGGUAGGUCUACUACAUUGAGAAUGUCAAAUUCUUCAGUCCCUGAAACAGAUGAAUUACCCGAUAUUGAAAAUGGAAUAGAGGAUUACAUUUUUAAACCAGGAGUGCCAACAAGAUGGGCAAAUCCAUUGAAAAAACUGAUAUAUUUAUCAAGAAUCUCAGAGGUGUUUGCAACAAAAAUUUUCACUCAAACGGAUUCCUUGCAACAGAGAUGUGACCAUUUAAUCAAAUUCAAUCAAGAGAUGCAAAAUUGGAGAGAUUAUUUACCGGAUGAUAUUAAAUGGAAUAAAGAGUAUUUGGAAAACUUAUCCUUUUUUGAUCCUACCGUUAUGUAUAUGUGGUUUCAUUACUAUAUUGUUUUGAUUUCAUAUAAUAAACCAUUUAUAUCAAAGUUAGAUGAAAGUAAGAAAUUAAUUGAAUCAUAUAUUGAAGAAUUACAUUUAUUAUUUAAGAUUUGGGAAAGGAAUUAUCCUACAUUUGAACGGUGUGAUCUUUAUAUGAUAUAUUCGGCGAUUCUGUGUAUUCAGUGUAUGAAUACAAAUGUGAUUAAUAAAAAAUAUUAUAAGUUUUUCAAAGGAUUUCUUGAAGACGGAAGUAUUAAUUAUGAAGUAACCAAGAACUUUAUUGAAAAUUGUAGCAGCGUUGAUAAUGCUAAUAAUAAUAGUAAUAACAACAAUAAUACUAAUAAUGGCAACAAUAAAAAUAAUACCAAAUCUGGUUCGAGUAAAUAUCAAGACAACAACAAUAAUGCUACGAAUAGUAAUGAUGAGAUAAAUACCAACGAUUAUACUGAUUUGUUAGGUUCAUUAAGCAAUGGAAAUGAUUUUGCAUUGGGGUAUAACUUUGAUUUUACAUUAUUAAAUGAAAUUGAUAAAUUGAUCAAUAAUAAUAGUGAUUGGAAUAAUAAUGAUUUCAAUAAUCCUAAGAAGAAAUUAGGAAAUACAAGAGGGUAA